CAAUUAAUGGAGUCAGAAAGACCCAUGGAGUCAAAGAGUUCAGAAAAAUCAAUAGCUGUUUCACAUCAAGAAGAAGAAACAGCUGAAGAACCAGAGGAAGCAGGCGCUGUGAACCCUCUCUUACAGCCUGCUCUCACAGGGAAUGUAGAAGGUCUGCAGAAGAUUUUUGAGGAUCCUGAGAAUCCUCAUCAUGAACAGGCCAAGCAGCUACUCUUGGAAGAAGACAUAGUUGGGAGAAAUUUGUUGUAUGCAGCUUGCAUGGCUGGGCAGAGUGACGUGAUUAGAGCUUUAGCAAAAUACGGUGUGAAUCUGAAUGAAAAAACUACCAGAGGUUACACACUCUUACACUGUGCUGCAGCCUGGGGUCGGCUGGAAACUUUGAAAGCACUAGUGGAAUUGGAUGUUGAUAUAGAAGCUCGGAACUUCCGUGAAGAAACUGCACAAGACAUUGCAACUCGGUAUUCCCAGAGUGAUUGUGUUGAAUUCCUGUAUUGGGCAGAUGCAAGACUAACUCUGAGAAAAUACAUUGCUAAGGUCAGUGCAACCAUUACAGAUCUAGAAAAGGGACCAGGGAAACUUCUUAAGGAAGACAAGAAUAUCAUCCUCAAUGCAUGCCGCACAAAAAGUGAGUGGUUGGAGACCCAUCUGGAAGCUUCCGUUAAUGAACUUUUGGAACAGAAACAACAAUUGGAAGAUAUUGUGACUCCUAUUGUCACAAAAAUAUGUGCCCCACGUCAAGUAAAAAGUGUCAAAUCCAUCACCUAA